GUUAUUGCGGCUGCCCGCAGGCAGGAGAGGCCUGUCACUCGAGCGUUCGAUAAUCUCUCCUCCAUCUGACGGAGUCGGCGAGCGGGCGCUCCUAAUUACGAAAGAUGGAGCAAGCAGCGGAUAAAAUGUUCAGCUCGACUGCAGACUUUCUGCGAACGGAGUUGAACGCAGCUGUCGACGAUUUCCAACUGCUACAAGCGAUGAAUAAGGCCGCUUUGCACAAGUAUAAAGAUCUGACGAAAACGACGCAGGUGAUUGGAGGCGCCCUUGAGGCCCUCGAAGAUCAAUAUAAGGAUUUAGCCCCUAUCCUCGCUCAACUCGACGAUAUCGAGGAGAACGUCAACAAUCUUGAGCAGGCAGCUUUCAAAUUGGAUUCAUUCUGCAAACAGCUAGAACAGAAACUGAAGAGUCUCGAGACAAAGUGA